CUUUAAACAGUUGCGCGGACACGUCGCUUUCACAGGAUUUGCGGAGUUCACAUUGAGGGACAAUCUAUACUGAAUAUUGCUACUUGGGAUUCUGGAGCAAAAUGAGACGAAAUCACAAAUACAGCUGUUCAUCUGAUAGCGAACUUGAUGACAAUAUAGAAGUGGAGAAGGACAGUGGUGACGAAAAUGUAAACCUUGACUCUCCGUAUGACUUGAUGUCACCCCCGAAAACCACUCCAACUCAAGCCAGAAAACGACGCAGAGGAAUUAUUGAGAAACGGCGACGUGACCGAAUCAACAACAGCCUGACUGAUCUCAGAAGACUUGUGCCAAGUGCGUUUGAGAAGCAGGGAUCGUCAAAAUUGGAAAAAGCUGAAAUUUUGCAGAUUACUGUGGAUCAUUUGAAGAUGAUACAUGCUGCCAGCGGACAAGGGUAUUUUGAAGCCCACGCCCUGGCCAAGGACUACCGCAGCCUGGGCUUCAGGGAGUGUCUGUCAGAGACGGCCCGCUACCUAAGCAUCAUGGAAGGCUGGAACAGUGUCGACCCACUCCGCGUACGCCUGGUCUCUCACCUCAACAACUACGCCUCUCAGAGAGACAUCCACACUGGAUUGACUGGACACCCUGGACAACUAGCCUGGGGCUCCGCUUUGAGGACACCCUCCGCCCACCUGCCACACCCCCUCUUACCACUCCCCCAGGGACGAACACUAGCCCCCCACAGUACCAGCAGCCCACCCUCCUCCUGCUCCAUCUCCUCCUCCUCCUCCUCCUCCAUGUCAUCCCCCUGUUCAACUGAUACCUCAGUGACCUCCAGACUCAGCGUGACGGCCCCCUCAGAGGCACUCAGGGUGCCCCCCAAUGACAAUCUACCCCUGGGGCUGGCCCUGUCAGUCUCAGCCUCCAAGCUCUCCCAACCACCACCCCACCUCUCCUCCCUGUCUGCCUUCUCCUUCACUACUUUUCCCCUAGUGUCCCCAGCAGCCCUCAAUGCAUCAGGCUCCUCCACAGCUCUGAGAAAUCAGCCUUACAGGCCCUGGGGGACAGAGAUCGGGGCCUUCUGAACUCUUGUGAUCAUCAGGACCGGAAGGC